CUGAUAGCAACCCUACCGCUUUCUUCGGCUUCGCAUCUAUGGUUUUGCCGGCUGACUUCAUCCUUCCUUUCAUAUUUUCAGUCUUCUGCCUCGCGCCUUCUAGCACAAAAGGAAACAGAGAAGAAGCAGGAAGGAAGCCUGGUGGCCGCCGGAGCGUUGAAAGGUUAACGCUGCUCUGCCCAGCCUCCGCUCAAGCAUGGCCUCGAACGAUGGCAGCGAGAACCCGGACUGGAGAAGGACGGAUCGGCGCGGAUCAUACCUGGAAAGAGCAGCAGAAAACCAGGUGGCUCAGGAGACUGAGGAGGUGUUCCAGAGCUAUGUUUUCUACCGCUAUCAGCAGGAGCAGAGGGAGGGGGCAGUGCCACCUGACCCAGAAAUAGCUGAGAUGCCUCAGGAGCCGAACAGCAUCUCCAGCCAGGUGGGCAGACGCCUGGUCAUCAUCGCCGAUGACAUCAAUGCACGCUAUGACAAGGAGUUCUCAGAUAUACUUAAGAAGCUCCAGCCAACGGCGGACAACGCCUAUGAUUAUUUCAUCAAUAUAGCCUCCAGUUUGUUUGACAGCGGCAUCAACUGGGGCCGUGUGAUAGCACUGCUGGGGUUUGGCUACAGGAUGGCAAUCCAUGUGUACCAGCACGGGUUGACGGGCUUUCUGAGGAGAAUCGCACGCUACAUAGCGGACUUUGUGCUUCGCAAUCACAUCGCUCGGUGGAUUGCCCAGCAAGGAGGAUGGGCGGCUGCACUGAACUUGAGUAAUGUUUACUGGAAAUAUAUGGUGACAAUGGCAGCAAUUAUUUUGCUGGGCCAUUUUGUGGUGCGGCGCUUCUUCAGCAAAUGACAGAGAAGAAAAGUGUUGCUGGCCACUUGCAUGCCAGCUAUUGACUUACUGCUCUGUGGUGACACUUUCAAAGAGGUGGAUCCAAGGAACAACCAAAGGAAACCCAAUGUAUUUGCCAGCUCCUGUUCCAGGAUAGCCUCCUCUUGUUAAUCAUCUACACGGAGAUUCCAGAGCAGAAGAUUCAUGAUGUAGUACUAUAAGAAGAGGUGAAACUGAGUGUGGGACAAGAUUUAUUAAUUCAAGAGGCCACGGAGGCCAGUAGUGAAAAUCAUGACAGGGAGUGGAGUUCACAGUGCCAGAGAAGAAAAAAGGGAUGCACUUUCCUCCAGGAUGUUUCUUGAAAAGAACCAAUCCUUUUAAAGAACACUCUUGAGUCCAGUUAAUUGUAGCCUUUUGCAGUUUCCUCUGCAUCAAAAGCAGAAGCAUGACCAACAUGCAGCAUCAUUGCUUGUUAUAUGUGUAUGUGCUUUGAUCAACUCCUACACUGUUUUUGGUUUUGACAUUAUCAGAUGGUUGAUGGGGAUGCCAUGUAGAUCUGUCUGUGGAUUCACCCAAGGAACAUCUAUGUAAUUAGCACCCUCUUAAGAUCUGUGGAUGGUCCCUAAAGUAUUUCAGAGGAAAGAGAAAAGGUACCCCCUACCAUACUUUAUGAGAUGUGGAUCACUCUUUCAUCCACCUGAUUAUUUCCUAGCCCAGGUACAGAAGUCAGCAUUUAUAAGUGAGUCUCUCGUCACCACUCCAGUGGGUUUUAACUGCUCUGCACUAAUCCUCCUGUCAGCAGAGAAAGCCAGUCUUUGUUAAUGGAUUGAAUAUGGCCUUACUUCUCUUCCAGCUUAAUCCAAAGGAUGUCACUCCAUCCCCUGCAUAUUAGCAUAAUUGCAGUUAACCUUGUUAAGGAACUGGUAGUGUGAGCAUGGGAAUGGGUAGAAAGGGGUUUUGUUUUUAGGAACCAAGGACAGAAACUGUAUGUGUGUUCGCUUUUUGGCUUCCAUCACAAUUGUUUACUCUUCUGACAAUCAGAAGCCAAAAGCUACAUUUGCCUUACACAGAUGAUGGAUGAAAACAGUGACUGAUUUCCUGCUAUUGGAACUCUGCUUUCCCUUAAGCACGUUGCAGCUAUAUUAAGCACAUUUUAAGGCUACAGUUCCAUACACAAGAGUUACUGAAAUUGGUGAGACUUGCUUCUGAGUAAAUAAGUAGAUAGACAGGCUGUAUGUUCUGUUGAAGAGCAGAAAAUAUGAGCCUGCUAGAUGUUGUUGGACUCCAGCUCCCAUCAGUUUCAGUGAGCCUGAUGAUUGGAUAAUGAUGGGAACUGUACUGGAACACCUGUUCCACUGAUUUCAGUGGCAGAGUUGAGCCUGUGCUAAUUUAUCCAUUGAAUCAAUAGGAAUUAGAAGUGCUCAACUUUCUCUGCCAUUCGUCUUGACUAUUUCACCAAGUGUUUCAGUGAAAAUAAAGUAUCCUCAUCAGUAGAGGUUGGCAAGCAUGUGGAGCUCGAGCUCCUCAUUGUAAGUUGUUGUUUCAUAAAGUCCUUUUUGGCUUAAAGAAGCUAAAGUGAGCUGUAUUCAUUCCCUCACACUCCGUUCAGAAAGUAUUUUCCUUCUUGAUGUCUUGACACCCUGCCUUUGAACCCUUCCUCUGAAUUGAAUCUCAUUUCCAAGGAGCAUGCUUGCAGUGCCUUAAGCACCAACUUUUCCUCUUUUAUAAGUUGGGAAGAAAACCCUUUCCAAGCUCUGGGGGGAGGGGGCAUCAGGUUGUAGAAGAAUGACCCCCAGUAUGUGGAGCUGCUGCUUUCCAUAAUACCACUAGGCCAAAAUAGAGGACUGCACAAUCACUUCUGCUGGUUUGUCUGAACUCUGUCCUUGCAGGAGGUCCAUCUCUCUCUGGUAAGUGACUGAUCCUGGGCAAAAACAAUCCUUUUUUCCCCUCAACCCUUUAAUAUAUGGUAGUUUGUAAAAGAACCUAUAAGAGGCAAAUUCUUCUCCUGGUGCUGGGUUUCUGAUGGAGAAUGUGUCUCUCCUGCUGCUAGCAAAUGGUUUUGAGCCCGCUUUCCACUUUUUUGGGCAUGGACUAGGAAUUUCCCUCUGGAAUUCCCUUCUGAAGCAUCUCUUAGCCCUUCUGAUUCUCAAGUGAAAGGCAGCUUCAGUGUUCACCAACUCUCUUUCUCCCUACUUUCAGUUCCCUCAGAAGGGAACUGAACUAUUCUACCUCAGAAUGCUGUGGUUCACUUUAGAGGGAGGCAAAGACCUCUUGCUCAUGCUUAGAAGUGAAGCAACAAGCAGAAAAUGGUGGGUGGGAGGAGCUUGCAGUGGAAUCAGCGUUUGCUUUCCCAAGUGUGCCGCAGACAGUUCCUGGGGCACCCGGUACAACCAGUCCAGCUUGUUCAUUCUCAUUGGAGGUAGGGAUGCCAUCCGGGGUACGCUGGAUGACUCAUGCUGGGCAGCAAUAGUUGUUUCUUGCCCACCUCACCUGCCAUUAUUGUGUUGCCAUACUCAGGGUUAUGUGUGGGUCAGGAAGCUUAUCUGGGGCACCAUAAAAGGCCAACAAACUCUUUGCCAGGGGGAAGCUAGGGGCAGGAUUUUCUGCAUCAGUCGCUGGAAUAGUUUGACUGGUCUUGGAUACUGUGCCCCAUGAUCCAGGGCAGGGGCAAGCAUCUGUGACUGUACCUGGAGUAGCUAAAUGCCUUAGGCUGACUCGGUGAAUUAGUCAAGCCAGGCCUGUGAAAGCAUAGAGAAUGCCUGAUAAAAUCUCAGAAGGAGGCCUGAGCAUUAUUUUGAGGGGGCAAGUUUUCAGCCAGCUGUGUAACACUUUUCAUCUUCCAUUGACUAGCUACUAUUGGGUGCAGGAAUAUCUGCUACUCAUUAAGGAAUAAUAUUUUUUGUUCAGUAGAGUACUGUUGGCGUGCUGGCUGAGGCAAGCUGGGAGUUGUAGGCAUUUCUUCUGGCCAAACUUGCACAGAAUUGUGUAUUAAAAUGUAUAUAUGACAUACUGGCACUGUGGGUGUAAGUAGCAGUACAGCAGAAACACAUGACAUGGCACUAGGGGAAAAACUCAGCUUCUUGGAAAUUUAUUUUAAAAAAAAAAGCCAAGUAUCUAGCCCUCUUGAUUAUGAAGAUCUGUUUGAAACUGUGUGGACAAUGCUUCCCAAAAUUUUAGAAAAUAAAGAGGUAGCUUUGUAAGAUUUCCAGUCCAAAUAGGGCUUUGGUGACUUACAUAAAUUCGUGUUCCUUCUCAUGACUAGCAAAACCAGACAAAAUUCUGCAAAGUAAGAAUUUAUGCAGAUAUACCUUGACUACAUAAUUUUUGUGCAGAAUUUGGAUUGUCUGAGCCACCUGAGCCACUGCAGAAGUCUUUUGAGAUGAUUGUAUUGUUUUUACAUACAUACUUGAAGCCAUAAUGUAGCUAUGUCUUGCUUUGCUUUAUAUUUAAAAGACUGAUUAUUUUCCAUUUCAUACCUAUCUUUAGCAAUCCCCUUCCCUCAGGGAUUCAAAGGAAAUGAAGCCAGUGACCUAGAGGUUCCUAACACAUCUGCAGAACAGACAGAAUCUUUUUUUAAAAAAAAUCUUAUUUACUUAACUCCAGGCAAUUGCUGGAAAUACCAAAUGCCUGAGGAAAAGAGCUGCAAUCUUUAUAUUACUUGGUUUGGCCUGAUGGCACUGGGCUACCCAGGGCCACAGUGAUGAAGAAUUCGCAGUUCUGAAUUCAGAAUGAAAAUUUGGUUGGAGGGAGAGAAGUGAGAACAGUACCUUCCAGCAUUGCUUUGUGAUGUGAAAGAAUGCCUGGCUAUUAUGUUGUUUCUUUUUUCUGGUUUCAAAGGGCCAGGAAAGGGAAUAUUGUACUUGCGUAAAUAAAAUAAUAGAGCAAAACCAACAACAACCCAAUCCCCCAAAUCAAUUGUGUUCCGUUCUACCUCCAUCAGAGAUGAAAGGAAGUGACCCACUGUGGGUGAUCCUAUUGCAGAUGCGUCUUAAUGUAUUUGGGGUGUGUGAGAAAACAAUCUUUCAUUACAUCAUGCAUCCAUGGGGAUUGUACUGGGUUGUUUGCUGGAAAGCUGUAUUUUAUGUACUUUAAAAAUAUGCUUAAAUUGUGGAGUGCCUAGCACAUGGUCAGCAUUAAAUGCAUGUUAAAUAGUUGCCAUAAUAUAUAUGUGUCUCUCUGUGUGUGUGCUUGCCGAUAUAUUUCAAAAUAAAAGUGUGUGAAAGUGAAUUGCAACUAGAA